AUGGGUGGAAUUGAUGUUUCCUCCGUGGUGAGCUCCAUCAUCUCGGCUUUCGUCAGUGGAAUGGACAUUUUCCAUCGUCUGGGAGGGAAGAAAAGGAAAACCAAUGCGAGACUCCCUCGACCAUCUGAGGAGGAACAAUGGCUACAACACUCACUCAAGAAUCGGCCUGUGGAGAUCAAACAUGAAUACGAUCACCAAGUGGCAAAAUUCGGCCGCCAAUUUGAAGUUGGUGACACUGCCGCUCAGUCAAGUCUGGCACAUACUCUUCUUGUCCUCAACACGGGACUAAUCAACUUGAUCAACCAUGCCCUUUCCGGAGACUCCAGGACCGUGUCUUCCUCUCAAAGGACCUUGUUCAAUCUCUCUGAAACCGCUGCUGUUGACACAAUGACCGCUAUCGGACAGCUUAGUUCCCGCCUCAGCCUAGUUUCGUCAUCCAGGCUAGCUCUUGAGUCCGAGGAGAGCCGAAGAUCUGUCGAAAAGCAUACUCACAAGGAACGCAAGUCUAAUUCAACGACAUCAACCAAAAAGACCAAGCGGCCCCCUCCGACGCCAUUACUGAUCCGCGGUGGCUGGGUGAGGUCCAGAAGCGGUUCUUCAGUUGUCUCUGGGGCAGCUGCAAAGAAGGCAAGGGGAGAGCAGUCACAGAAGCACCAGCGUUCCAAAUCCGAUUCCACAGCGUCGAAGUCGUCUGCAUCCCGGUCCUCCGACUCCAAGCCAAAGCGGGAAGAGUCGGCCAGCGAGGUUUCCGGCUGUACAUGUAAAACCGCCCCAGGCCGACUGGAAGAACCAAACCCACUCAACAGACGCAAGUCAAGCGAACAGCCCAGGCCACAGAGUCAACGGAGCAUGCUUAUUGUGCCUGCGGACUUCUUCGAGAAUGCACAAAACCAUUCCGAGCCAGCUGUAUUCCAGCAACCUCCACCUCGACCGCCGAAGAUCCCGUUUCACAGCCGGCCCAACCCAGGACAGACCCGGGCGCGUCCGACGUCGACCAUGACAUUCAUGACUGCCAGCACUAAAAUAGGGGAGAUCCCUGAAUCCAAGUGGCCGGACAGGUCAUUGUCAGCUGAAGAGGAAGCGUCGCAGAAAGUGCCGUACGUUAUCCCACCUCCGCUGGAGCCGAGCGAACAGAAGAAAAAGAAAGGUCUCAAAUUCUGGCGGCGGGAAGACAAGCGGCGUGAUAUUGCCGCCUAUUGA